AAAGUUUUUUACAUGAAUACAGACCUGUAAAUAAUCACAUUUUAUAUCUGGCCUGUUCUGUCUUUAACAGAGCAUCAAGAAGAAGAACACCAACAAACAGGAGAUGAGCACAUACUUGCGGUUCAUCGUCUCCCGCAUGAAGGAGAGGGCCAUAGACCUUAAUAAGAAGGGCAAGGACAACAAGCACCCAAUGUAUCGAAGGCUGGUGCACUCGGCGGUCGAUGUCCCAACCAUCCAGGAGAAGGUGAACGAAGGAAAGUACCGGAGUUACGAAGAAUUCAAAGCGGAUGCCCAGCUGCUUCUUCACAACACCGUGAUUUUCUAUGGAGACAGCGAGCAGGCGGACAUAGCACGGAUGCUGUAUAAGGACACCUGUCACGAGGUACCACCCCCUCCUUGUCAUGAAGCACCUGCCACACUCCGGAGUGCCGCUCUUACAUGCCUUUGACUUUGCUGUUUCCUUUCAAUAUAGUUUUAUUUCCAUGUUUGACAUACAUGGAAAAUAAUGCAAAUGGGAAAAUUUCUCCCAGAAAGCCUGGGAGCUAGGUUUAGUUGUUAAGUAAUUUCUACAAAGGAAGUUGGUUUCCUCUUCUGUAACUGCUCUCAAGGGCAUUGGUUCCAUGAGGCAGGUGGGUGCGUGGCACUGGGCAGACACUCAAUUAACGUUAGCCUCGUGCUCAUUUUUAAAUUGAAGCAUAGUUGACAUACAGUGUUGUAUUAGCGUCAGGGUUCCAGGUCCACCCAUCGCUGUGACCGACUGCAUCCCCUGCUCGUCCCGGUGACUUACUACCUUUAUAACUGACAGUCCCCUUCACCCCCCACCCCCACCCCUCUGGCAACCACCAGUUUGUUCUUUGUUUGUGAGCUGCUUUUAUUUGUGCUGUUUGGUUGGUUGGUUU